UCGAAGCGGUACAACCGUGCGCUCGGACCGCGUCACACCACGUAAAUUUUUAAUCCCCGACCGAUAUUCACCUCCGAAAUUAAUUUCGAAUUUGGAACAAAUCGAUCUUAGCUUUUUAAAUGGUGUUUUAUGUGCCAGUGUAAAGGUUUCAGCCAAAUGGUGGCCGGUGUAGUUUUUUGAAGUGUGCCAAGUAAGUUUUUGAAGUGUACGCCAGUGGAGUUUUUUGGGCGGGCGUCCUGACAUUCCUAUUUCGACGGGAAGCGACAUGGCAUGAGCGGUUGGGUGGGCGCGACAUGCGGCGCGCGCCGCUCGCGCACCCCGCCGCCGUUGCUCUCGCGCUCUCGCUCUUGCUCCGUCUCGUCAACGCCGGUUCAAUGGGACCCGGUGUGCCAGAGAAUAUAACCGUGACAUUCCUCAACCCGACCACGGUGAAGGUCUCGUGGUCAACCACGGCGGACCUGGUGGAGAAGUAUGACGUCACGUACAAGCCCUCGGACGCGAGUUACAGAGUCGUGCUGGAGGUGGCGGGCAACUCGGACGCGGUCAUACUGAGCGGGCUGGAGGCAGAUACACAGUACCAAGUUACUGUGGCCGCACUGUGGGGCGGUCAUAAGUACAGAAGCAGGCCUAUUGUCUUCCGCACACUGGAGCCUCCACGGACAUCGCCGCAGCAGGACGGGGGUCUAGCGGGCACUCCCCGUUCCUCAGUCGCCCCUCCAGACCCCUCACCAACAUUCCCCACGAUACGAGGGGUGGAGAUCGGCAUCGUAGUGUUGGUGCUGAUAGUGUGGAUCGGGGCCAUAGCGUUGUUCUUCAACCGUUGGGGCAAGAUCAGGAUGCUACUCCCUUAUCAGCCAGAUUAUAAGCAGGAACAGUUAAAGGUGCCUGGAAGCAGUGCUUUGGCGGCGGCGACAGCCGGAGGGACGUGUGGUGCUCAUUCCGCGCCCUCAGCAUGCUCGCACAUGCGCUGGUCACACACACAUACACAGAGCUUGGAGUGCGAGGAGCGCCUCUUGGCCCGGUGCAACAGGCCUAGGGUCAACUCAGCCAUAUUCGUGUCAGCAGAACCCACUGGGUUCGCAGCGUUUGAUGCUGGGGAGUUCCUGAGGAGGCACGGCUCACAGUCUAAACUGUGUCGUAAGGCCAGGUCAGCAGACAACAUACCUCUUACGUCUUUGUGCGACUCAUCUGAACGCUUGUGCAAAGCUAAACCACGAGAGGAGACCAUCAAUGAAGAAGCCACUAGCAAGUCAGACGACAGCAGUAGCGUAGAGACCGUCAAGCACUUCGGUCUACCCAUCCUCUCAGUGUCAGGCCCCUCCCCCCCAGACGAGGACUAUGAUCAGAUAGACGAGUAUCUGUAGCAUUUCCAUACCAGUUUCCAGCUCAAAUAUGUGCUGGAAAAAAUGCGGCCGCCUUGGCCCAGCCCCGCACAAAGUCCGAAAUCUGAUGACUUUUGAACUUGAACUAUUGAUCUAGGUUUACUUCUUGUGAUACGUGUGUCUAAAGUGUGAUUUGUGUGAAUCCUGGAGUUACAACGAAUUUCGAGACUUUCAACUGAAAUUCUGGCUAUGUAUCCUUGAUGCGGGACCAUAGUUGUAAUUAGCAGUGUGUUUCUUUAUCGACCUCUAGUAUUAGUGAUUUUGUAUCUCCUGUGUCUUUUAUGAGUGUCUAAAUUAAUCUUACAUUAUCAGCGAUUAGAUUUUUAAUACUCACAAUUCUAGCAUGUAAGGAUUGCACAAUAACUUUAUCGAUAUUGUUAAUAAUAUUAACAGUGCCACUCCUUAUAUUGGUUAAGUAAGCGUGAUGAGCGUAUUCAUAAAACAAUCUAAUUAAUUAAAAUGUAAAGUUGUAGCUUUGUACAGAAUUUGCUAAUUUGCAGUGUGUUACUUAGUUUCAAAUUAUGUGCGUGUACUAAACAUAAUAC